AUGAGUGAAUUAUCUGACGAACACAGAAACUCUACUAGCUUCACCAUGCACUUGCUGGGAGACCAAAUUUUAGGAGAGCUACAUCAAGAUUCCAAAGAAUUGAAGCAGUGGUUGAUCAAAUCUAAUUGCCAGCAUCAUUACAACAAAUUUAUAGAAAAUGGGAUAACAUUUGAUCUAUUACCAGAAUUAGACAGUUCGUCACUUAAAGAAAUUGGAGUUAAUAAAUUGGGAGAUAGGUUGAGAUUAGAAUUAGCGAUUUCAAGCAUGAAGUCUGAAAAAUUGGCUGACAGUAUAAGCGUUGAUGAGUUGUAUAAGGUAAUGAAUUUGCAUCUGUCAGAUAGUGUUACUCUGCAAUCCAGGGGAAAUAUUAGUAGCGGAUCAGUAUCCACGCCUACUAAUGAAUCAACUACGUUGACUACAACUAAUAAUCCAUAUUUACACAGUAAUAUUUCCUCUUCUUCUAAUGCAGCCAAUAAGGAUGCCAAUAAGAACGUAACGUUCAUCUUACAAGACGGAUCUACGAAGAAAGUAAAUGUUACAGGAUGUUUCAACGCACAAUCAAUUAAACGUAAGGUAUUGAAAAGAUUGGGAAUAAAGCAACAGGAGACAUUAUACAAUACAUAUAUUCACUCCUCAUUAAACAGUAGGGGUAGUCCUGGUGUCAAUUUACUUUUUGAUGUUGAAUUAGUGACGAUCUGUUAUUCUCCUGACAGGUUAGAGAAGCAUAGAAUAAUACUAUGCCGGAAGGAUGAAUAUCCUUCAGAUCUUGCAAUGGAAACAUCUAAGAGACUAAUGGCUAAGUAUGAAAGAUAUAGUCAAACAGAUUCUUUGAAAACAAAGAGCCAGGACAAUUUCAGUCAAUAUCAUAUGCCCGAUCCUCUAAAGACACACGCUAGUCCAAUAUUGAGAAACUUUUUCGGCCAAAGACCACCUAGUGAAUUGAUUUCUUCUAACUUGGCUGAAUACUUUCCAGAAGCACACCAAAAAGAUUUGGAAGCCACUGUACGUAAUUCUGUUAGAUAUAGCGUCAGACUUUCAAAAAGAUUUAACCUUCCACCUUCCAUAAUAUCUGGAGGGAGUAGCAAUAUUUCUGUUCAUAAUUCACAGAAUAAGAGAUCAUCAAUUUUAAGCGGUGGAACCGGAUUUGCCUCCAAUGGAGCACCAGAAACUCCAUCCAUUUCGUCAGUAGACCAUAAUUCUGCAGCAGCAAAAAGAAAACCUAGUGGUAGGACAAUUGGUGAAAUGAUGGUGAAGAACAUCAACGCAAUCGACCAAGCUGUGAACACCAAUGAUUCUCAAUCCAUUUUUAGUAAACCUCAAUCGAUUGGAUCAGAUAUGAGUGGGCCAGGUCAAGAUUCAUUUGAAUCAAGAUCGAUGAAAUCCCACAAUUCCCCUAUAUUAAAUAGAAGCUCCAUUGCGGCUAGUUUUGUUGAUCCAUUUCAUGCAGAAAAUAAUAGGAAUUCACGCAUUGAAUUGUUAAGUAUUGAUUCAGAUGAUGAUGAAGACGACUUUAUUGAUGAAUAUGGUACAUACACAAGCGGAGAACUUGAUCAUGAUUAUAAAGAUAGCAUGAUUGAUUCUAUUUCAGAAGACGGGCCGAAAAAUUGGUUACAGGGAGCCCGUAUUGGUGCAGGGAGCUUUGGUACAGUCUAUUUGGGAAUGAAUCCUCUUACUGGGGAGUUGAUGGCUGUUAAACAAGUUUGCUUACCUGACAAAAACAGUAUAAAUAAUACCCUGCAAACGGCAAUGAUCGAUGCUUUACAACACGAAAUGACAUUGUUGAAGGAAAUCAAUCAUGAAAAUAUUGUGAGAUAUCUAGGAUCUUCUACCGAUGAUAAUUUCUUGAAUAUUUUUCUAGAAUACGUUCCUGGUGGAUCUGUACAGUCGAUGCUUUCGUCAUAUGGACCAUUUGAGGAGCCGUUAAUACGUAAUUUCAUCCGCCAGAUUCUCAUAGGAUUAAGCUAUCUCCACGGAGAAGACAUCAUUCAUAGAGAUAUUAAAGGAGCGAACAUUUUGAUUGACAUUAAAGGUACCGUCAAGAUCAGUGAUUUCGGAAUCUCGAAAAAAGUGGGAAACUCUGAGGUUGACAUGGAAGACGACACGAAUGGCCAGAAAAAAGGAGAAAGAAGAGCUUCUCUACAAGGUUCAGUCUACUGGAUGGCUCCAGAAGUUGUUAAACAGACUGCUUACACAAAGAAGGCGGACAUCUGGUCUGUGGGGUGUCUUAUUGUAGAAAUGUUUACUGGUAAACACCCAUUUCCUGAUUUUAGUCAGAUGCAAGCUAUUUUCAAAAUAGGAACUCAUAUAACACCCCAAAUUCCAGAAUGGUGCACUUCUGAAGCUAAAGAUUUUUUGUCUAAAACCUUCGAGCUCGAUUACGAGAAGCGCCCUGAUGCCAUUGACAUGCUAGCUGAACCGUUCCUAAACCCUUUGAUAAUGUCCAAACAAUAG